AUAGGGAGGAGGUGAGGAGUGGGGAGGUUGGGGAGGGAGAAGAGGAAAACAGGACUUCACAGUAAUGACUGUGUUCCAACAGAGCUGGCCAGAAUUUUGCUUGUUCCCUGUGUUUGGCAAGGAGCUAAUCUGGGGUCUCUCAAGCUGCCUGCCAUUCAGGGAACAGACCUAGGAUACUAAGAAGUUACUGCUGAAUAGACCACUGCCUGCAGGGGAUGUGUUACCUGAGAUGCAAUAAGAGCUAGAAAGCUGGAGAAAGAGGCCACAUGAUCUGGAAAAUGUACCUGGCUGGAUCCUGAUGGAAAAAUCCAGAAGUCACAGUGAGUUCUUUCUCCAACCCAGAUUGGUAUAAGGAGGCAAAACACAGAGGUCUACGGAUGCUAAGGACUGGGUCAUGGCAGGAAUACACUCCACUCCAGCUUCCAGGGAGAGGCUGUGCACCAGGGAUCCCUGUCAAUACAGAUCGAAUGGGUCCAGCUGGGGGCCGGAGCCUGGAAGCUGGGGAGGGUCCUGAGCUUUUGGAGGGCCAUGGAGCACCUUUGAGGAGUUCACUCACAUUCUUGGAUGGGGCCCUGGGCCUUGGUAUACUCGGACUUGGUGCUCGUCUGGUCCUGGCCCUGGCUGGUCCAGCCAUGAUGCUUUUGCUGCUGUUUCUGAUGUUGAGUUUCCUGACCUUUGAUCUUUUGCAUGGACCCCAGGACUUGCCUCUGCCUCAAAGACCAACUUUUAGACCCCUUGGCCCAGGAGGGGGUGGUGAAGGCCCCCGCUUGCAAGAACCGCUGCUCCCUCCUGUCCUGAGCCAAAUCUUGGAUGGAUUCCUGCUCUUCACAGGCCUAGGCCUCAUCUUUGGGGCGCUGAUGCCCUUCAGUAUCUUUAGCCUUAUAGUCAGCCUACAGGCGCUGGCCUGAAACAAAGCCCUCUGUUCUGUGGAAACCAGAAGGCUUUAAGAGCCUCCUCACCGAAAUACACGAGGAUUGACUAAA